CAAGAUGCUUCGCUCCACCGCGUCCCGUCUCGCGUCCCGGAUCGGCACGGUCGCGUCGAGCCGCACCCUCGUCACAGCGAAGCUCCCCGACCUCGCGUACGACUACGGCGCCCUGGAGCCGAUCGUCAGCGGGGAAAUCAUGCAGCUUCAUCACGCGAAGCAUCACAACACCUACGUCACGAACUUCAACCUCGCGAUGGAGAAGUACGCGGAGGCGGAGGCGCGAGGGGACUACUCCACGAUGAUCUCGCUCCAAGGCGCGAUCAAGUUCAACGGCGGCGGGCACGUGAACCACUCGAUGUUCUGGAAGAAUCUCGCCCCUCCGAAAGAUUGUGAGCCGCCGUCCGGGGAGCUCCUGUCCAUGAUCAACCGCGACUUCGGGUCGCUCGAGAAACUCCAGGACAAGUUCUCCGCGCAGACAGUCGCGGUCCAGGGCUCGGGAUGGGGCUGGCUCGGCCUGAACAAAGCCACAGGGAAGCUCGCGAUCGCGACGACGGCGAAUCAGGACCCGUGCGUCACUACCGGGCUGACGCCACUCUUGGGCGUGGACGUGUGGGAGCACGCGUACUACCUCCAGUACAAGAACGUGCGGCCCGAUUACGUCAACGCGAUCUGGAACAUAGUGAAUUGGAAAGACGUCGCGGCCAACCUCGCGGCGGCGAAGUAAAAUGAGCGAGCGAGAAGAGUGAAGCGAACGUUGUGAUAAAGUGAACGGGCCGAGCGGCUAAGUCUAU